AUGACUUUCAAUAUUUCUAAUUCUUAUAAUUUGUUUAUGAAAAGUUACGUUCUUAAGAUUUUAGUUCAAGUCACAGCAUGGAAAGCUGUCAAACUCACUAUGGAUAAAGCUUCUGUAACAAGAACAAUUGAAAAACAAAUACAUUAUAUAACUAUUCAUGGUCCAGGAAAUGAGAAACAGAAUGCAAUACAUUUCCAGAAACAAUUCGAAACCACACCUCCGCUGCAGGCUGUAGCUACCCAUGGGACUACUUCUCCACAUGGUUAUAAACUAUACAGCCAGCUUUUAACUCAACAGCAACAAAAAGCAAAAUUACAAACAUUUGUUGACUUAGGAUGUGGUAAUGGAUUAUUAACUUAUAUUCUAACAAGUGAAGGAUAUGAUGGAAUUGGAAUUGAUUUAAGAAAAAGAAAAAUUUGGGAUUUAUUUAUAUCCAAAGGAGCAAAAUUACAUGUGAUUGACUGA